UAGUUCUUUUGUUGUCCUUGUUGUGUCAAUACUGUCAACGUCGCUGGUCGGCUGGUCGGAGUUCCGCCAUUUUUCCAUUUUCGGCUUGCUUUGCUUGGAAGUGCGUUUCUAGUAAAUUCAAGAUUUAACUUUCUCUUUUCAACAUGCAAGCACGGGGUAGAUCGGAAAACACAACAAAGGUUUUUGUUGGAAGUCUGCCUGCCGGCGUCACCCCCGAUGACCUAAGAAAGCUUUUUGAGCCCUACGGGGCGAUUGCCGAAUGCGACAUUUCUAACAGAUGCGGAUUUUUACAUCUGGAAGACAGAGAUUUGGCAACCAAAGCUAUCGCUGAACUCAAUGGCAGUGAAUUUAUGGGAGGUAGAAUUUCAGUUGAAAAAGGCAGAGUAAAAUCCCGCCGUGGCGGUGGCGGCGGUGGCCCUAUGCGUGGUGGUAGAGACAGGGGUGGCCCUUAUCCUAGAGGAGGCGGAAGAGAUUUUCGUGGCCCACCAAGGGGUGGCGGAUUUGGAGGUGGACGUGGAGGUGGAGAUCGAUUUGGGAGCCGAGGAGGUGGUGGUUUUGGAGGACCUCCUGGACGUAGGGGCCCACCUGGAGGUUUUGAAGAUAGAAGAGGAGGUGCAGGUGGACCUUAUUCAGGAGACAGAGGAUUUGACAGUGGUUACGGUGGUGGUCCAGGAGGAGGAAGAUUUGAUGAGAGAGGAGGUUAUGGAGAUGGACCUAGAGGAAAUUAUGAAGAUCACAGAGCUGCUCCUCCACCUAGAGGUCCACCAUCUGGAGGGCCUGAUAUAUACAGUCGAAGAGAUACUGGUCCUAAACCAAUUGGUGGAGGGUAUGAUGCCUCACGAUAUGGAGGUGGUGGUGCAAAUGGAUAUGGUGCAACUGGAGGAUAUGGCGCAAGCGCUGGUGGAUAUAAUGGUGGUGCUCAAGGAGGAAAUUAUGGAGGUGGUUAUGGCGCCGGCGGUGCUUCUGCAGGAGGUUAUGGAGACAGAAGUGCUUAUGGAGCUGGUGGAGCAGGUGGUAGCUAUGGUGCUGGUGGACCUAACAAUUAUGACAAUGGCGGCAGCUAUGGAGGUGCUCCAGCUGGAGGUAGAGGUGGAUAUGAUGCAGGCUACCCUCCUCUUCCAUCUCAGAGAGGCUACCCAAGCGGCGGAAGCGGUGGCCCAGGUGGGCCCCGUGGCGGUGCAGCCGGAAGACGUUUCUAGAUUAAACGUACUUUUCUCAAAGGGAUAACAUGAAUUGACAUACAUGCGUGCGCCUUACAAUAUAUGCUCUAUAUCGUAAGCGGACAAUAGAACAAGCGAUAACCGUUACUGUCUUCAAUUCAGUCAAACUCCCCCACGACAGCGUUUUACAUAGUAAUUAAGAUUUUAAUUUUUGGUAGUGUUCAUAUUUUGUGGUUUAAAAUGAAUGUAUAUGUUGAAUACAAUUACUCUUUUCAUGCUAAACGUCGCAUUUAUGUAUAAACUUUUAUAUCAGGUCAUUAUCUUCUAACAAAAUAACUAUUUCUUCAAGAAGUUUAUAAUAUAAUCGUAACGUGUUUUUUUUUAAAUAAACGAAUUCAUACAGA